CCUCUUUUUCUUGCCUUUCUUGCUCCCUUUCCUCCUCUCUUUCGCUUGCUGCUCAUCCUCAAUCAGCCAUGGUGAACAGAUAACCGCCCCUGCCAUCCUGAGACCAUGGGUGCCUGCCUCUGCAAAGGUCACAAAGAGAUCAACAUUCCUGUAUCGACGCUGCACCACCCUGAGGAGGGGCAGUCAUCCUCUACCAAGGAUAGCCAGAAUCCCUCCAAUGGCAGUGUAUCAGAUAAAACCAGCCGUUAUGACAUCGCUGAGCUGGCUACGUCCUCUUUGAUGGGUCUGGUGGCCACGAUAAAGGAGCACAUCACCAAGCCGACGGCGAUGGCCCAAGGGCGAGUUGCGCACCUGAUUGAGUGGAAGGGUUGGGGUGGAUGCGGUGAAGCUGGGGGAGGUGGAGGUGGAUGGAGUGGGGCCUGGGGUAGAGGAGGCGGCGGCUGGGGGAGCAUGGAGGCCGAGCUACAGGAAGAUGAACAGUUUUAUUCCCAAAUGACGGAUGAGUUCAAAGAGGCUCGCUUCGCUGCAGGUGUUGCUGAGCAGUUUGCCCUGGCUGAGGCAGCAAUGAAUGCGUGGUCCCUAAACGACAGCUCAGAGCAGCCAUCCACCAGCUUACAAGCGGCGCAGAGCCACUACUUGUCUCAGUUCCUGCUCAAUGGUGGAAGUGUCGGUGUCCCGCAGCAUCUGUACAGCAUUCACACCCAGACGUACGGCAGCAACAGUGCAGCCAACCUGGUCCCACCUCCACCGAUCGACUCCACGUCCCCGAUGUCCAACACUCAGGACAGAGAUCAACCUUUCGAGGACAGGAGCACUGUGAUUGCAGAAGCCGCCGUCCGACACGUAGACAGCAGCUCCUUAUCCGAGGACGAUGUUUUUUACAACUAGGCUUUCAAAAAGCCAACCAUCAUGAUGGCAAUCUCUGAAACGAGCCUCAGUGAAAGGAACUGAGCCUCAACCACCAGCAAUGAGUGAGACAAGAAGGAAAGGCAGACAUUUGAGGGGCAACUCUGUAAAUGGGUUUCCUGAAAAGGUUUAAGACUCCCAAUAGUAUUUUCUGGAGAGUUGAGGUGUAUACUUUUGUGAAUGUAUAUACUUCAACUGUUACAUUUUAAUUUUUUAUUCCAUGUACAUGAAAUAAUUAUAUCGA